CUGACGGUGGCUAAUUGGGAAUAGCGGUCGCCAACUGUUGCUGUCCGGCUGUAACUCACAAAUGUCGACAAGAUUUAUGACUUCCAGCCAUGCAGACACGGUGUUUGUACAUGAGAAGGAUGGAGCUGCGGCCACUUGUCAUGUGCUUUGCUCUCUGUGUGGUUUAUGCCACCAGCAAACCAACAGAGAAGAAGGACCGCGUUCACCACGAUGAGCCUCUCAGCAACCGAGAGCACGAUGACGCAGAUAACUUUGACUAUGACCAUGAAGCCUUUCUUGGACAAGAAGAAGCCAAGACCUUCGACCAGCUCACACCAGAGGAGAGCAAGGAGAGGCUCGGCAUGCUGGUUGAACGUAUAGAUGAGGAUAAAGAUGGCUACGUGACUGUUGAGGAAAUGAAGAGGUGGAUCAAACAUGCACAGAAGAGGUGGAUCUAUGAUGAUGUGGAUCGACAGUGGAAGAGUCAUGAUCUCAACGGGGACAACAUGGUGUCCUGGGAGGAGUACAAGAACGCCACAUAUGGAUACAUUCUUGAUGACCCCGACCCUGAUGAUGGCUUCAGCUACAGGCAGAUGAUGGCUCGUGACGAGAGGAGAUUCAAAAUGGCUGACCACAACAAUGACAUGAAGACCGACAAGGAAGAGUUCACAGCCUUCCUGCACCCUGAGGAGUAUGACCACAUGAAAGACAUUGUAGUGCUGGAAACUAUGGAAGACAUUGACAAGAACGGAGAUGGUUUAAUUGACCUGGAUGAGUACAUAGGUGACAUGUACAACCAGGAGGGAGACAACACAGAACCUGAGUGGGUGAAGACAGAGAGGGAGCAGUUUACUGAAUUCAGAGAUAAAAACAAGGACGGGAAGAUGGACAAGGACGAGACCAGAGACUGGAUCCUGCCCAGUGACUACGACCACGCUGAGGCCGAGGCCAAGCAUCUGGUGUAUGAGUCAGAUACAGACAAAGAUGGCCGUCUGACCAAGUCAGAAAUCGUGGAGAAGUACGACCUGUUCGUGGGCAGCCAGGCGACCGACUUUGGAGAGGCUCUGACUCGACAUGACGAGUUCUAACGUCCCCCCCUUGCCUCCAGAGACUGUGUGCUCGCCUUGUGUACAACAUUACUGACUCAACAGUAGAUGGAGUAUUUUUAAACAAGAGGAGCUCGUCUAAUCCAGCGCCACGGACAAUAAUUUAUUUGAUUUCUUGAAUGUGUCCCAUUGUACACACACACUAACGUUCUAAGUAACGUGUACAUGCUUGACCACAGUGUCCUCACGUUCAGUUGCACCUCAUUGGGAUAUAUCGCCAGCCUUUGCUCUGCUUCCACACGCUACCCUGUCCGCGCCCAGAUCAGGCAGCGGACUAGAAGUGGUAGUCAACACUUUUCCUUUUCCCCUGAAAGAAUGAUUUUUGUGAAAUAGCCAUGUUUUGUUACAAAGCCUUUUAUAGAUCAACAAGGUUCAGGCUUGCCGUCUACACAGGAGUUUGCCACACCAUUUCCUUUUGCAAUGCACUGGACUGACUUUGUCGUCAUCAGAAUGUGUAACCCUACUCCUCUGUGUAGUUGGGUCCAAAUUGAAAACGCUAGUCGCUCAUUCACUUGUUAGAUGUUUUUUUUUCACUUAUUGAUGCGGUAAUGCUGGAGUACAGGAAGUGUGGAGUAAAUACUAAAUCCAGUGACAAUGAAGACCAUUUGGCCUAGUGCAAUACAGUACCAUGAGUGGGACCCUGCUGUGUUUGCUAUACUCGUCCCCAAAGCAUCCAUGUAAACACAAACUGUCCUACUGUUCUUUUAUUUUUAUUUUUUUGACAAGGGCAAGUUGUGUUGAAGGAAUCUAGAGGAUUUUGAGACUGAUGGAUGCUUUGUACUCAAAGCUGCCUCCUUUUUUUUUUUUUGUCUUUAUCACCUCAAUAGUGUGUGUGUGUGUGCGUGUGUGUUUGUGUGUGCAUGUGAACCUGUGUGUACAUAUAUUACUUGUAUUCUUGAUGACUUACUUCCAAUUUUUUGUUGUUGUUUUUUGAUGUUUUGUUUGAUGCAGCUGCAACUACUAACUCAUUUGUGUGCCAAGCAAAAAAAAUAUACUGUCCUAUUUUGUAAGCAGUUUGGAAGAAAAAAAAAACGUUCCUCCCUUCAGAUAUUAUCCUUCCCAAAAUAUGUUUGUUAUGCUUGUAUUCUCACUACCACCAUUUAUAACCACUGUUAAUAAUUUUUAUGGCAUAGUAUAAUGUAUAUGAUAAUGUUUUUUUUACAGGCUCACUGCAGCAACAAGUCUUUCACUAGUGACUUUACUGUAAAUAAGUUGUUGUUCUGCAAAUUGAGCACUCUAACAAUCAGGUCCAGUUUUUGUGAUUGAGAAUAAUGUCUCAAUAAAUACAAACAGAAAUGGA